GAUUGGCAGGUCCGGAGCUCCGCCUCUUCCGCUUCUCAGGCCUGACCUUCCGGUAGUCGUCCCGCACCCUCAGCCGACGUUGACGGGUUCUCGCGAUUCGGCCCGACGCGCCCCCUCUCGCGACAUCAUGGUGGCGUACUGGCGACAAGCUGGACUCAGCUACAUCCGAUACUCCCAGAUCUGUGCAAAAGCAGUGAGGGAUGCACUGAAGACGGAAUUCAAAGCAAACACCGAGAAGACUUCUGGCAGCAGCAUAAAAAUUGUGAAAGUGAAAAAGGAAUAAUCUACCCUGACUACAGCUUGAAAUGCUGCAUGUUCAUGGUGAAGAUGUGUGGGCACGUGUUACGGCAGAUUGAAAACGAUCCCCCUUCGUGAAAAAAAAAAAACAAAACAA